AUGAACAUGAAGCUUCUAUUCCUAAGCAUCCUCGCUGUCAGCGUUUUUGCUUUUGAUCCUUGCCCAACCAAUAACCGAAAUAGACCAGCGUGUUGCUCAGUUGAUGUUCUCAAAGUCGCCGAUCUGGACUGCGAGACCCCCCCAGGGGUUGAACAAUUCCAGAACGGCAUGGAAUUUAAGCAGGCGUGCCAAACGCUCGGACAGGCCCCUCGAUGCUGCACGCUUCUACUGACUGGCGAGGGAAUUGGUUGCGACGACUUCGUGAAACUUGACAAAUAG